AUGGCGACUCAAAGCCAAAGAGGGGUUGACGACGCUGAUGCUGCUUCCCCUGCUGCCGGCGCUAGUGGUGCGGGAGGUGCGGGAGGAGCGGGCGAGAUGGGGGAAGAGGAUUUCUUGAAUUCCUCGAUAGAGAGUGACUCAGUACUGCUGAGGAGAAUAUGGCAGAACGAGAAAGCGGCGCCGGAUAUUCUCCCGUACGAAACCGAGUUGGUGGAGCGGAUUAAAAUGAGGCUAGAAGAGCUGGAGGAGGUGUGUGAUGCGUUGAAGGGGGAUGGGCGCAAGGCCAUGGAGAGAGAGCUUCACAUGAUGGACGUCGACAGGACCAAGUAUCUGCUUAGAGCAUACCUCAGAUGCAGAAUACACAAGAUCGACCGCUUCUUUCUGCACUUUGCUGGCGAGGAGAGCUACCACAGCCGGCUGUCAGAAGGAGAGCAGCGGUACUGCGACAGGCAGGUAGAUCUGGUGCAGGCGCAUCUGGACAGGACUGCACUCACGCGCCUGCCACGCCGCUACCAGUCCAUCCUGAAACAGGCGGACUCGAGCGAAACCCCUGAUAUGAUUCCCACUCCCGACCUCGACACAUUUGUGUUCUGUGUGGCCACUCGCCUCCUGCCGUCUGUCCAGCUGGACCCAGAGCUUGAUGAUGUCAUCGGCAUGGCGCCUGGAGAACUCCACAUUCUGCGAUAUAGGCCGAUCCAAACAUUUGUACAGUCCGGUGAUAUAAUUCUUCUGCGGGCGGAGUAUCUGAAGGUGGCUUUAGAGGCUCUGUCUAAAGUCCAAGGCAUCAACGAGACGCUCCUCAUUGUCAGCCACGAUGGGUUUUUCCCUGCAGUGGACGCCCUCGUCCGCUCAAUCACCUUCUGCCCUGUCAAGCAGAUCUACUUCCCCCUCUCGCUGCACCUCCGCAACGGCUCUUUCCCCAACCGCUCCCCGUUAGACUGCCCUCCCAGCAGCAGCUUUAAAGGCCGCAGGGAUGGGCAGCAAGAGGAGGAGGGGCAGAGGAAGGGGCAAAUGAACGGGCAGGAGAAGGGGCAGGUGAAGGGGCAGGAAUUGGAGCAGAAGGAGGAGCAGGAAAAAGGGCAGGAGGGGGGGCAGAAGGAGGAGAGGAGCGAGGAGGGGGCGUGUUUUGGAGACAUGGACCAGAAUGGGCGAUACAGGGAUCCUCACUUCGUGGCUCUGAAGAACACGGUGUGGGACGGCCUUGCAGAAACUGAGUCCUUUACCGGCCACAUCCUCUUUAUUGAAGAGGACCAUCUGCUCUUCCCCAACGCGCUCGCUCACUUGCAUGCGCUCAUACGCGUGAAGAACACGCGGUGCCCCGAGUGUGUGGCAGUCACGCUCGCCCCUUCGAACGUGAAAUCCCGAGGGGAGAAUGGGCUGAGAGCGUUUGUGCGCGAGAGGAUGGGGAACGUGGGGUACGCUUUUAAUAGGACCGUGUGGGAGCAGAUUCACAAGUCCCACAAGUACUUGUGCUACUUUGACGACUACAACUGGGACGUGUCCCUUUCCGAAUCCAUCUUCCACUAUUGGCGCCACUCCUCCGCGCUCCGCUGGUCGGCUGCUUCUGCGCAUCACUUUGGCCGCUGCGGCCUGCACUCAGAAAAGCCAGAGCCGCCCGCCCACUAUCUUGUUCGAAAGAACAAGACUGAACCUGAGAUUGAGGAGCAGCAUGCCUCGGAUGGCCGGAAUGGGUCUUCAGCUGUGGAUCAGUGUUCUAAAGAAGGCUUGCAGCUGCCUAGACUGUUGCUGCAUGAUUUGCGGCCGGAUAUUGACAUGGAUGCACCAAUUAGAGCGUUCGAUUUCAAGGGUCCGGUUUUUGAACGCUCUAGUGAAGAGGAGGACCGUCGGGAAGAUAAGCGAGACCGGAAGAGAAGGAGCUUGAGCAAGCAGGACAAGCCUCGCAGCGAAAAGGAGGACAGGAAGGAUCGCGAGCAGAAGCGUCGUAAGCGGCGACGACGCGAAUCCAGCGACUCUAGCGACAGUAGCGACGACAGCGGAUCAGAAGCUUCAAGCAGUGGAUACAGCAGCGACGAGAGCGAGAUCAGCAGGAGGAAGAAACGACGAGAGAAAGAGGGGAAGCGUCGAAAUAGGAGUCGCUCGAACAGCAGCAGCGACAGCGAUGGGUCGGAGGACAGUGAUUCCAGUGAAGACGGCAGGAGUAAACGAAAGUCAAGAUCGUCCAAGUCAUCUAGCGGCAAGAAGAAGAGUAGCAGCCGUCGCGACCGUCGCCGAUCCAGCAGGGACAGGCGCUCUGACAAGAUGGGCAAAAGCAAAAAGCGAUCAUCAGACAAGAAAGGAUCCAAAUCCUCUGGUGAAGCAACACCGGGCCCAGUGCAGCUCUCACAGUUUCUUGGUCGCGAUGAUGGCUCCACACGCUACAGUGUCAUAUCAGGCAAGAAGAUUCGCAUGAAGGUGGACAAGACCAAGGACGACAAGGUAGCUGAAGCCAAUCGAUCUGAGCUCCUGCGCUUCCUUAAUUCAAGCUACGACUAG